AUGAACCCAAACCUUGCAAUUGGUCGAAAGCUUCAAGAAUUGAACAAUUUGAUAUCACGAGGAUACAUGACAGACCAAUUUGAUCUUGAACCUACAGUAGUUUACUUAAUAAAUGCAAAUAAUAGACAGCUGAGUUUUGUAAAUUCGAUAUAUACUGGUUUAAUUGCAGUUGCAUGCUAUAAAAACAGAACGCACAUUGAAUACUGGAAAAUUCUGCCUCUUCUAGAAGAUGAAAUACAAAGCGGAUCAUUACAAGCUAUUAUAAUAUUCGGCGUAUUUGCAAAACAUCUCGGAGAAAAGAUAAUUAUGGUUCUCAGAGACUUUAUCAGAAAAUUAUUACGAAUAAAUGAAACAAGAAUACUACCAUUUGUUGUUCAAUGCUUCAGGAGAAUCAUAAAAGGAACUGAUUCAUACGUUUUUGAUGAAGCUAUUGAAGUUAUUGACUACAUAUCUCGUGGUUUGAAUUCACCAAACAACGAAAUCAAAAUACAAUGCAUUAAAACACUUCCUGUCAUCAUGGAAUCUACAAAACUUGGUAUGAAAAAGCUUUUCACGCCAGUUGAAUCUCAAUUUGAAACAAAAAACUCAAAAUUACGCUUUGCAAUUGCCAAAUCCUUAGCAAAAAUGAUUUAUUUUACAGGCCAACAAAAGGAUCAGACCGGUUUAGGCCAAUCUGUUUACGAUCCGAAAAAACCUUACAAAGUUUGUUUUUCAACCAUUUUGGAGUACGCAAAGAACGAAAAGAACAUUCCUUUAUUAUGUCAUACCAUGAUGAUAUGGAUAAGAUUCCUCCAACCUGAUGAUAUUUCAAAAAAGAUUUCAUUAUUUACUAAAUUUGCUUUGUCUAUCGUCUCUUUGAAUCUUCCAUUACCUUAUGCAUGCACAUUUAGUCGUACAGUAUUUAGAGCCGUUACUUCUGUUAUAGGAAGCACUUAUGACCCACUUUUGUGUCAUUAUGUGUUUGAUGACUCGAAAAAGGAAGGUUUCGGAAUGAUGAACACCGCGAUUUGUCUUGAUACAUUGAUAAACUUUAGAGCUUCAGCGAAAACAAUCAAAAAAGCUGCUAAAUCUUUUUAUCAAUUAUUAGCUUCAAAAGAUCGCGAAAUUGUCAGAUUAUUAUGUUCAUUCUUUGUCAUUGUUGGCCGUAGAGAUCAAAAAACUUCUCAGAUUUUGGUUUAUUCUUUCAUUUCUUGGUUAAAUUCAACCGAUAUAAAACCGCUCGAAAUUAACGGUUAUUCUCGUGGCAUUGCCAUUCUUGUGAUGACAAGUAACAUUGCGCAAAGCAGUAUAUUGAAGAUCCACGAGAUUAUUAAGAACUGGUUACCAGAAACCAUCGAAAGAACAGAUCCAAGAUUUUCUGCCGCUUUAUUAUUGUGUACAGCUGUUUUCAAACGAUCACCAAUUGAUUUUCCGAUGCAAAUCAUCUUGUUAGCGUUCAAACAACUACCUAGAUUAUUCAGGAACGGUGAGAAGAUCACAGAAGAGAAUAUAAACUUAAAUACACCAAUGAAAUUUGGUGCGAUGUUGAUGAAACAAGUAAUUAUGUCAAAUAUUGACACUUUGUUGAGUUUACAACCAACAAUUCAACAAGUUUCUGUUGUUGUUACACAUAAUGCCGCUUAUCUUUCUUCUCCAACCUUGUUGUCUAUGUGGCUUGCUAUUAGAACAUGCAAAGCUGCUUGGCAUAUUUCUUUGCCACAAUCAAUGUUCGUUGCUACUCCAACGAUUUUGCAAAGAUUUUAUAACCCUAGUGAAAACAAAUACGAUUGGGGAUGCAGGCAAUGCAAAGAUGAUGUUGAUCUAUGUGAAGAAUUGUAUAAAACAAACCUUCCUUCGCAAUACUACACAGUGUCAAGUGAUAAAAUGGAGACAAUUUACACAUUGAUACUUUCCGAUGUAAGAACACCUAUGAGAGAAGAACUAAUCAAGAUUGUUUUGAGGGAUUACAGUCCUUGGAGUGUUUUCUGUGCACACACUUUGUUGAAAUCGACUUGUUUGAAUUUGUUUUCUCAAGAAAAAGAAAAAGACAAAUUAUUACAACAAGUCAGAUUAAUGUGUAUUAAUGCUGUAACUAAAAAGAAUUUCAUUGGUGAAUAUAUACCAAAAGAAAGUCUCAAGAACAUGUUGAGUUUCACAUCAACAGAUGCACGAACAACUCGUUUGCAAGGAGCAGCAAUUGCAUCAUUGAUUCUCAUUAAACCAGAGUAUUACGAUGAAUUGAUGGAUUACAUUGAAGAACCAACAUCAAAUCCACCAUUAAUUGCUGCAAUUAUAAGCGAACUAAAAUUCCCAAAGGAAAGAGAAGUUGAUGGAAUACGAUGUUUGUUAGCAUUGGAGAGAUUAAUGGUUACAGAUCCACAUCCAAUCAUGUUCUUUGCAAUGUUGCAUUUGAUAGAAAUGAAUGUGCUCACAGGUGAUUUCGUUGGCCAAACAUUCGAAAUCCUUGAAGAUGUUUCAUUCAAUGAUGCAGUCAGGAACACAGAAACAUUGUAUUACUUGGGACAAUGCAUACAAAAUAUAAGUGGAAACGAUGAAAGACUGAGACAACACGUUUCUGACACAUAUUUACACCAAGUUUUCAAUAAGAAUUUGAGUUUGUUACUUGGAUUGGAGAUGAAAUCAUCAAGUGACAGACAAAUUAGUAUCAAAUACGACUUCACGAUUGACAAACCACGUCCUAUUCUCAAUGCUUAUUUCAAGUAUUUGGAGAGUGCAAAAGAUAUUCCAAUUAUUUUGGGAAUUAUUCAACAAGGAUUUUGUGAUGGAGAAUCGAAGAUGAGAGAACUGUUUUUUCGAUUCAAAAAUGUCAAUUUCUGGGUUUUCGUUACUAAACUUGUCAUCAUCAAAGGAACAGUACCUUUUGUUGGUACAAACAUGAGAGUUUCUCCUUCUGUUGAAGUUAUUCAAGCAAUGAUGACAAUUGCUGACUUAAUUACACAGCAAAUCUUCAUAAAUUACCCUGCGAAUCGUGAUAAAAUCGAAGAUUUGUUGUCAUUCCCAACAGCUGUCUUAGCCCUCAAAGAUCAUUCAGUUCAUUCUUCUGCCUACAAAAUGUUGAAUACUUUUGUGUCGCUUUUUUGUGAAGUAAAAGACAGCAACGAUAAUUUAGAAUUGAACAAUUACGCGAAUACAAUACAAGAUGCAUUUAGAACUGUAUUCGAUGAAGGCCAUAAAUUGUCUAUGGGAUUGACAUUCGCAAUGUCUUAUUUCAAGUUUUUGAAACAAAACGAAUGCGAAUUUACAAAUGUUGCUUAUAAAUUUAUAAUUGAUGCAUCAACGGUAACAAUCCAGAAUGAUCCUAUUACUUUUAUCAGAAUCGCAGGAAGAGCGAUGGAUAUCCUGAAUGAACCAAUCCCUGAAUUACAAAACCAAUUUGCAGAAAAAGUUGGAAAUUUCAUUACAAACGUUUGCAAACAAACACGAACUGUUUCAGAACUUGGUAAUGAAGUUUAUACAACUAUUGCAACUUACAUCAAAAUGAAGAAAGAAGUGAACUUGGAAUGGACAUUCACUCUAUCUUUACUUUGGGAAAUGAUGAGUUAUGGAUUCAAUGAAUCUAUGUUGAAAUUAUUAAUUUCUUUAUUGAUGAGAAACAAAAGAACUGAAAAGGAAAUGAUUAAUUAUGUUCUUUUUGUUAUUGGCCGUUCUUCAUUGUUUAAUAAUCCACACAUGGAUAUUUCAACAAUGCGAGUUAUUGGAGAAUUUUUAGGAGUUGUUGCUUCAGUAAUUCCACGAUUUGCUGAAGGAUGGGAAGAUACAUGGGAAUACACACUUUCUUUGAGUCUUUCAAGCUUCAACUCUUACAGGGCUUUAGCUUUAUUGCUGAGAUGUGGUUCUACACAACUUAUUAUGCAAUUUGCUGGUCCUUUCGUCGCAUCAAUUAUUCAUGAUGAUAUUAAGUAUUGCGGAGCACUUUUGACACUUUUGUUUUACAGAAUUCCGAGUUCUGUCAUUGACCAAAUCAUUCCAUACGUGAUAAGAGGUGAUUAUGCUCCUUACGAGAAGUUUAAUGUUUUGCUUCAUAUGUUGAGAGCAACAGGAAAAACGGCUUUGAUUAAUUUCGAAGAUAUUUCUCGUUUGACAUCUUUCUUUUUCUUCGAUGAAGGAGCUUUGUUUGUUGGGAAUCUCCUUUCAGAUGAUAGAACAGAUGUUUAUGGUAUCAAUCUUCUGAGAUUGGGUAUCGCCGAUUCUAUAUUUAGAGCGAAUAUAUCUUUGGAACAACUUUCUUUAGUAACAAAUGUUAUUUAUUUGGCAACUGUCAAAAUAAAGCAACUGUUUCCAAUUGAUUAUUGGCAGCGAGCAGUUGCAAACUUCAGUUUGAACAUGAUCAUUACUCAUCCUGAUGCUGAACAACAACAAAUUGCUCAACUCGUUCAGGUUUUGAACCUGAUCGACAAAGAAAUUUUGUCUGAAGCAUUCAGAAGUAUAACAGAUCCUGAGUUGCUGAUGCAAAUACUCUUUAUACCUCCACCUUCACCUAAAUUUUAA